GGGGAUCCGGAGCCGAUGGAAAGUUUUGGGCUGGGCGGGGCCAGGGGGGGCGGGCGCUGGGAGCCGCUUAAGGGCGGGAGCGGAGGGGGAGCCCCGGCCGCCUUCACAUCCCCGCGGGGCAGCGCCGGCAGCCGCCCGGCUCCAGCAGCGGGAACAAUGGCAGAGCCCUUCGUGGUGGAGAGCCCCGACGUCGCGUACAGCAAAGACUUCAUCGAGGCGCAAUACACCUACAGCACCGCGCACGUCUGCAGGGAGGGCGGCGUCACCAAGGUCCGACCCUGCUCCACGCGUUUCACCUUCCGCACUUCGCGGCACGUUCCCCGCCUGGGGCUGAUGCUGGUGGGAUGGGGGGGCAACAACGGCACCACGGUGACCGCGGCCGUGUUGGCCAAUCGUAUGGGGCUGAGCUGGAUGACCAAGAGCGGCCGCAAGAAAGCCAACUACUACGGCUCGCUGCUGCAGGCCUCCACUGUGUGCCUGGGAGCUGGUCCUGCUGGUGAUGUCUAUGUGCCAUUCCGGGACCUGCUGCCCAUGGUGCACCCCAACGACAUCGUGUUUGAUGGGUGGGACAUCUCCUCUCUGAACCUGGCCGAGGCCAUGAGACGUGCUGAGGUGCUGGACUGGGCGCUGCAGGAGCAGCUGUGGCCUCAUAUGGAGCAGAUGAAACCCCGAGCAUCCAUCUACAUCCCUGAGUUCAUCGCUGCCAACCAGGAGGAGAGAGCAGACAAUGUGCUGCGGGGCUCCAAGGCUGAGCAGGUGGAGCAGAUCCGAAGGGACAUCAGGGACUUCAAGGCCAGCAGUGGGGUGGACAAAGUGAUCGUGCUUUGGACAGCCAACACCGAGCGCUUCUGUGACGUGGUGCCAGGGCUCAAUGACACCGCUGACAACCUGCUGAGGGCCAUCGAGAGAGGCCUGGAGGUGUCGCCAUCCACGCUGUUCGCCGUGGCCAGCAUCCUGGAGGGCUGUGCCUACAUCAAUGGGUCACCCCAGAACACCUUCGUGCCGGGUGCCAUAGAGUUGGCAGCUCAACGCCGUGUCUUCAUCUGUGGGGAUGACUUCAAAUCGGGGCAGACCAAGCUGAAGUCGGUGCUGGUGGAUUUCCUGGUGGGAGCUGGGCUGAAGAUCAGGUCCAUCGUCAGCUACAACCACCUGGGCAAUAACGAUGGGAAGAACCUCUCAGCGCCGCAGCAAUUCCGCUCCAAGGAGAUCUCCAAGAGCAAUGUGGUGGAUGACACCGUACAGGCCAACCCAGUGUUAUAUGGCCCACAGGACAAACCCGACCACUGCGUGGUGAUCAAAUACGUGCCCUACGUGGGGGACAGCAAGCGAGCCCUGGAUGAAUACACCUCUGAGAUCAUGAUGGGAGGCACCAACACCAUCGUCAUCCACAAUACAUGCGAGGACUCGUUGCUGGCCAGCCCCAUCAUCCUGGACCUGGCCAUCCUGACCGAGCUGUGCCAACGCAUCACGUUCUGCACCGACAGCGACCCCGAGUUCCAGAGCUUCCACAGCGUCCUCUCCAUCGUCGCCUUCCUUUGCAAAGCCCCCCUGGUCCCCCCAGGGACCCCCGUGGUCAACGCGCUCUUCCGUCAGCGCAGCUGCAUUGAGAACAUCCUGAGGGCCUGCCUGGGGCUGCCCCCCCAGAACCACAUGCUGCUGGAGCACAAGAUGCAGCGGCCGCCGCUCGGCCCCAAACGCUGCUGCCCCGCGGGGGCCGCCUGCCCCAUCACCCCCAAGAAGGCGACACCCCCAACCCAACUCAACGGGCACCCCGGGACCCCCCGCCCCCCCCUCCACAUCGAUGGGGCUGAAUAACACCCACCCCCAUGGAUAUGCACCCCCCCCUCCCACCACAACCAGUGGGGUGGGGGUCUCUGCUGUAUGGGGAGGGCGGGGUGGGGGUCUCCCCACUCUUCCCCCCCCCUCUUUUUCUAUCUGGGGGGGGGGUGCAAUGUGGGCCCCCACCAAAGUGACACUGUGAAGCAUUGAACCACAAUAAACCCCCCCACCCACAUCACCCCCCCCCCAACCCCCCAACACACACAUCAACCCCCUUCCCCCCCCCCCCCCCAUUGACCCCCCCCAUGGAACCAAACGGUGCCUUCUGAAAAAAUCCAGCUUCCAUUUAUUGAUGUGGGGUCACUCGUUUUGCUCUUUUUUUUUUCCUAUUAUUAUUAUUAUUUUCCUGCUUU